AUGGAACUUCCUGAAAGAUCUUAUGGAGCUGAUUGCCGCAUAUAUCUUCCUAAAAAUCCUACAAGCAGGUUUAAUAAUGUUUAUGAAACACUUUUUGAUGAAUUCGUUUUAGCUCAUAUUAUUGGAUGGUGGGGUAAAGCUAUAUUGCUUCGUAAUCAGCCUCUUCUUUGGGUGCUAUCAAUUGGAUUUGAGAUGAUGGAGCUUACCUUUCGUCAUAUGCUACCAAAUUUUAAUGAAUGCUGGUGGGACAGUAUUGUUCUUGAUAUUUUGAUCUGCAACUGGUUUGGUAUCUGGGCAGGAAUGCAUACUGUUAGGUACUUUGAUGGAAAAACGUACAAGUGGGUUGGGAUAAGCCAUCAGCCUAAUAUUAUUGAAAAGUAUGCUCUAAGUUUGGUGUUUUAG